CUUCAUCCUCCAUCUCUACCUCACUCUCUCCCCUCGACUCCUCAGCCGCAUCCCGCCAACUCACACCCCAGGCGGCACCAGCAUGGACGAGCACCCAAGCUUCAGCCGCCUCGCGCUGGCCGCCGCCCUCCUCGAAUACGACAACGACAUCGACGACCCAUACAAGGAAUAUGUCGACCACCGCACCUCAGCCAUCUUCCGCCAGUUUACGCAGCAGCGCCGCGCGCCCUCUCUGCCCCCGCUCCAGAUCCAGCGGGGGCAGGGCUUCGCCGGCGUCGGUGCAGGCAAAGGCGCCGCCCUCCCCCUGCCGCCCGUGAGCGCCGCGCGCUCCUCCUUCUCCGCGCACUCAGGCGACAUGCCCCCCGACAUUCCGGCCGACACCAACAUCGACCUCGACGACUGGGACCUCCCUGCGCACAUGGUGAGCGACGAUGCCCGGCGCGCCCGCGACCGCGACCGCGAGCGCGCGCACGACUCGCCCGCCUCCCCGGCCCUCCCGUCCGGCUCCCAGCCCGUGUCCCCAGGCUCUUACUUCACCCCCAUCCCCGGAGCGCCCGACUAUCCUCCCCCGUCCCCGGCCUUUGCGUCUCCCACGUAUGCGCCGGCAUCGCCGCGUGACGCAGCGUCCGUGGCAGAAGCACACGGCGCGUCCGCGCGCGCAGGACACGGCCGCACCAUUUCCCAGGUCUCUAACCCCGUCCACCGCCCGCGCUCUGUGCAUCUCGAAAGCAUCGGGGACGACACACAGGAGUUUAUGGACGAUAUGCCGGGCCGGCGCAGCCUCGACGCAUAUGGCGCUGAAGCGGAUGCGGCGGUGCGUGAGCGGGAGCGUGAUACGAAGUCUAGACGCAGUGCGGAUUCGCACAACCGGCGCGGAUCGAUUCUCGGCCACCUCUCCCUCGAAGACGACUAUGGGCGGCCCGCGGCGCCCAUCAUGGUCCGCCUCCCGGACUCGCCCAAGAGCGCGCGGAUUGGACGCCCGGGUCCGCGCUCGACAGGCUUGGCGAUGGACGAGCAGGAUAUACUUGCCAACGCAUUCGAAAUGCCUGGCCCACCCCCCGAGCUCGGGGCGCGCUUCACGCCUGGCGACCCGCGCCGGCUCAGCCUCGAUCUCUCCCAGAUCGAGAGCCGCAGCGAUAGCGGGCAGCCCACGCGCCGCCCCUCGCUCGUCUAUCUCGGCGACCGCGCGCCGAGCGUGACCAGCGGACGCGCCUCGUUCUACGGUCCAGGGAGCGAGGUGGAUAUCGGCUCGCCGUCGCGGCCCGUGUUCGAUGACAUUCCCUCUGCCGAGGAAUACGGCCGCCCCCUCCGCCCCCCAAAGUACAACAACCAGGCGUUCCCCAUGGCACGGCACCAGCUGCUGCGGCCCAAGACGCUCAUCAUGCCGAGCGCACUCGAAGGCACCGAGCGGCCCACGGCCACCGUGCACAUCCCCGAGGGCUUUACGCUCGGCGAAAAGCCGCUGCCAGAGGACGCGCGCGCCAGUAUCCUGAACCAGGGCAAGGGCGUGCCGCUCUCGCUCGCGCAGCGGACGUUCGCGAGCUCGCUCAUGGUCGGCGGGCACCGCGACGACGAGUUCUUCCAGGGCACGGCGGCUGAGGGCGAGGUCAUCCCCGGCAUAACGGAGGAGGAGCGGCACGCGGCCGAGGCAGAGCGGCGCCAGCCGGGCAAGCUGUACGGCACGAGUCUGAUCGACCAGCUCGAGGCGCGCAAGACGGCGCUGUCGAAUAGGAAGCGCGUGUUUUACGGCGACAACCGGCCGUCGAUGAUGGCGCGCUCGACGACGCAGUCGACGCUCCUCGCCCCUCCUGGGCCGGCGCCGACGCUGGCCCAAGGGCCGCCGGAAGGCGAGGUCGGCGUGCGGCCCAUGUCGUAUGCGCCGGGCGGCGGCAGCCGCCCCCUGUCGAUGGCGGUGCAGCCGCGGCCGAAGAGCUAUGCGCCGGGCGUGCCGGUGCUCAACCUCCCCGAGGACGACGAAGAGGGCGACAUCGGAACGGCGAACCGGGCGCGCAACGCGCGCUCCGUCUUCGGGCCGGACAUGGUGUGGGAGCGCGAGAUGGCAAAGUUGAAAGAGCUGCAGGCGGCGCAAGCGCGCGCGACCGAAGAGGCGGAUGCGCGCGAGCGCGCCAAAGCGGACGCGAAGCAGGCCAAGCUCGCCGCGCGCGAGAGCAAGAUGUACCACGCGGCGCAGCGCAAGUCGAUCUUCGGCGUGGGCGUGGGCAGCGGCUCGUCGCGCAAGAGCAUGCUCAACCCCGACUUCGUGCCGGACAACGACCCGAAUUUCGUGCGGCCCAAGAGCAUUGCGUUCGGCCCUGGCGGCGUCAUCAUCCCCACGGAUACAGGGGACGAGAGCGACGACGAGGGCGAGAGCGAGAGCGAGCGCGAGCCGACGAGAGAGCGCGUAUACGAGCGGCCACAGAGCACGUUCUCCGACCGGCCCCCCACGCUCGUGCUGGCUGGCGACGGCGGUGUCCGGGGGAGCCGCCUCGGCGUCGAGACGUGGUUCGCCGACAGCGACGAGGACGAGCCGCUGAGCCGGCGGCGCGCGCCGGCCCCGCAAACGGUGCUGGCGCCUCGGGACUCGGGCUACGAGUCUGACUCGGAAGAGGAUGUGCCGCUGUCCCGGCUCAAAGUCGCCGACUCGGACGAGGAGGUCCCGCUCUCGCAGCUGCGCAAGGGCGCCGCCGGCGCUGGCGCGGCGGGCGCGCCAACUGCUGCCACUACCCUGCCCGCUUUCGACUUUGACUCGCCGCGCGCGACACCGCCCGAGAGCCCGCCGAUCGGCGCGUCAGCCGGGCUCAGCGGCGACGAAGACGAGGACGAGGACGACGUGCCCCUCUUCGUGCGCAAGGCGCGGCAGCGCGCCAGCCAGCCCAAGACCAAGGAGGAGAUCGAGGACGACCUUCCGUUGGGAUGGAAGCAUGCCGGCGGAGGCGGGAGAGCUGCCCAGACCCCGAGCCAGGCGCACCCGCAGCCGCCGUUCACGCAGAGCUACUACGGCAUGCCUUAUUCGCCGUACGGCGUGCCCAGCCCCAUGGCGGGCGGCAUGCUUAUGGGCGGCAUGAUGAUGCCCAUGGGCCAGAUGAUGCCCCCGAUGAGCCCGAUGGGGAUGGUGCCCCCGCACCCCGACAUGCCGAAUCCAGGCAGCAACAUCGACCGGUGGCGGCAGAACGUGAGCGGACGCGCGGGGAGUGUGGCGGGCAGCGCGCCGAGCCAGAUAGGGCGGUAGGGAGCGAACACGACCCCGAGAUGGCGCCUGCCCGAGCUGCUGCGCGCACAGCAUGCAUUCCGCGCUAGCCCAGGCCAAGGCGGCCACCGCACCGCACCGCACAGCGCAGCCAAUCUCAGACAUGACCGCAGAUACGACCGUAACGAUAGAUAGGACAUUAGCAUUGCAUGUGAUGUGAAUGGAUGGCGCGGG